GAAACUUAUCAGGUUAACACUUUUAUCAUUUGUUUAUUUCAGCUAUAACCAAAUGUUGAAAUUGAAUCGAUUGCUUAAUAUCCAAUUUAUAGAUAACCUAAACUUUUGUUGUAGCUUAUUUCAUUCCAAUAAACAUACUAGCUUGCCAUUUAAUCUCACCAAAAUACAAUAUAGAUAUAUAUCUGAUCAAAACACAAAUAUUUCUCCAAAAAAUUUACAUCAAGUCAAUUCAGUUGAAAAAAAUUUAGAUGAUUUAUAUAAACAAGUGGUUAUUCAAUUACAUGGGCAUGAUCCUGAAGUUAUCAAAAGCUAUAUGCAAUAUAUACUUAUGACAACCUAUGAAUUAAACAUUGAUGUCAUUGAAGUGAAAGAUUUGCCAAAAGAGAUGCACAGAAGAACCUUACUAAAAUCUGCAUUCGUUCACAAAAAACAUAGAGUUCAAUAUGAAUGGAGAACUCAUUAUAAAAAUAUCACGCAGAUGAGACAUUUAACCGGUUCAACACUGAGCACCUUUUUAGAAUACAUAGAGCGUAAUCUGCCAGAAGGUAUUGCUAUGAGGAUUACAAAGACACAAUUAUUAACUUUGCCAGAACAUUUGAAUAAUGAAAUUGUCAAGGACGAAAAACCUGAUGGUGAAAUAAAAAAACUUUUGUAUAAAAACAAAAUCCUCAAAGAUGAUUUCGAAUUUCCUCCUCCCAAAAGCAUUGAAUUUGAACAUUAUUUUUGAUAUUUAUUAUAAAUUCUUGUGUAUAAUAGAAAUUUUUAUAAAAAAUCGAAAUUUGCAUUAAAUAUUGUACAGUUAAUAAA